GCCAAGGGAGACAGCCGCAGGGAAGCGGAAGGAGCCGAGGGCCGGCCGGCGCCGAGGCGGGGCGCGGGAGCGAUGGCGGCCAUGGCUGCCUCGGAGCCCGCGUGUCGGAGCUGGUCCUUGUGUCCCGAGGUGCCAUCCGCCACCUUCUUCACCGCGCUGCUCUCUCUGCUGGUGUCCGGGCCCCGCCUGUUCCUGCUGCAGCCGCCCCUGGCGCCCUCGGGGCUCUCGCUGCGGUCCGAGGCCCUGCGCAACUGGCAAGUUUACAGGCUGGUGACGUACAUCUUUGUCUAUGAGAAUCCAAUAUCCCUGCUCUGCGGUGCUAUCAUCAUCUGGCGCUUUGCUGGCAAUUUCGAGAGAACCGUGGGCACCGUCCGCCACUGCUUCUUCACCGUGAUCUUCGCCAUCUUCUCUGCUAUCAUCUUCCUAUCAUUUGAAGCUGUGUCAUCACUGUCAAAGCUAGGGGAGGUGGAGGAUGCCAGAGGUUUCACCCCAGUGGCUUUCGCCAUGCUGGGAGUCAACUCUGUCCGCUCUCGGAUGAGGAGGGCCCUGGUCUUUGGCAUGGUUGUACCCUCAAUGCUGGUGCCGUGGCUCUUGCUGUGCGCCUCCUGGCUCAUUCCCCAGACCUCCUUCCUCAGUAAUGUCUGUGGACUUGGAAUUGGGCUAGCAUAUGGCCUCACCUACUGCUAUUCCCUCGACCUCUCAGAGCGAGUAGCACUGAAGCUCGACCAGAAGUUCCCCUUCAGCCUGAUGAGGAGGAUUUCAGUGUUCAAGUACAUCUCAGGCUCUUCCGCGGAAAGAAGAGCAGCCCACGGCCGGAAGCUGAACCCUGUGCCCGGCUCCUACCCCACACAGAGUGGCCACCCUCACCUGUCCCCGAACCACCCUGUCGCCCAGAUGCAGCACACCAGCGGCCAGAAACUAGCCUCCUGGCCAGCUUGUGCUCCUGGGCACAUGCCAAGCCUGCCUCCAUACCAGCCUGCCUCCGGCCUGUGUUACGUACAGAACCACUUUGGCACAACCCCUAACUCUGGUGUCUACCCAGCUUCCGCGGGUGCCUCCCUCGGGGUCCAGCCUCCCGCCCCCCUCAACUGCCCCGGCACAGUGUAUUCUGGGGCCCUGGCCACCCCAGUGGCUGCAGGCUCCAAGGAGUGCUCAAGGGUCCUGAUACCCUGAUGGAGAAUUUCUAGGGAAGUUAUCUCACAUCUUGGCUUUCUGAAGAAGGUCCUCUCUGAGCUAAGAUUUUUCUUGACAGAUUAUUUAUCGAACACCUCUAUGUGCCAGGCUCUAUGUCAAGUAUUUUGAUAGAGAUCCCUAUUUCCAUCCCGUCAACCCCCAUCACAUCUUUGUGAAGUGCAGUUUACUGUCCCUGGUUUACAGACACAGAGGGCAAGCCGCUCUGUGGUGACAUUAAGUCAUGUAGUUCUGUCUUGGCUUAGCCAGACUUCUUGGCUCAGGCUCAGGGCUGUGCCACCUGCUACCCUGCAUCCCGGAGAAGGGCCCACCAGUGGCUGCCAGGAGAUUGUUCUAGCCUGGCCUUCCCUUCCCGUCUCUGUGUGUGGUGCCUUGGUUCUGGUGUCCGUGUGUUUGUGUCUGUUUUUCGGGAGCUCUCGGCCUGUGUAAUGUCGCUUCCCUAUGGUGACCCUCCUCACCCGGCCUUCUGCUGGAGAAGGGUGAUGUGGGCCACUGUGAACUGCAGCAGCAUGCUGGUGGAUCCAUAGCGUGGAUUACCUUUGUAUAAAGAAACAGCCUCCAACCUGA